GCCAAAACAUCUCUUAACUUUCAUCCGACACAUCUACAUUCCCCAGUACCUCGGCGAUUACUUUCCUGUCUUACCUUUAUCUCGGAUCUUGUAUUGAGACAAAUUCCCCGAUUGGCACCACCAUCUCUGCAUAGUCACACACUACCUACCCAGUCUAUUACCGGCAUAAUGACUGAUAUUAUGAUUGCCCAAGCAAUCGGGACGCUGGGGUGUAGUUUUACAGCCGGCGGCGUUAUGGCCCUCUCUAUAAUGGACAUUCCCAACCUUGCCCUUCCUGCACGCCGGCCACCAGGCGCAAUCAUUCCCGCGCACGAAGUACCCGGUACACCAAUCGCCCAUUUAACCCACCAGUGGCUGGAUGUCUACGAGCGUGGGAAGAGAAUCUUCCCUCCCAUUGCGAUUGUAGCUUCGCUAGCUAACGGGUAUCUCGCCUGGACACUGCGUGACACACCUACUCCAGCCACAAGCAGUCAAUCUUGGACAAGCCUUUACGUCACCGCUACCGUUGUCACUCUGGGCAUGGUACCCUGGACGCUGACGGCGAUGAAGGGUACGAAUGAUCGGCUGCGGGCGCAUGCAACACGCGACGAUAAGGCGUUGGCGGAGGGGACGGAGGGAAUGGUGCUGAGCGCGGCGGAGAAGUUUCGUCGUGAAAAGCAGGAUGACGAGGUCCCUGGGUUAAUGUGGAAAUGGGCAGAGUUGAAUUUCUGCCGGUCUUUGUUUCCAUUGACUGGGGCUGUUAUUGGAUUUUGUGGGGUUGUGUGGAUGAAGUAG